AUGGCCUUGACGGAGAUUCUGCCGAACCGACCCCGAAAAGCGGCGCUGCUGAAGGAAUUUAAAUACGAGAGGCGCUUGAAGGAUGAGGAUUUCACCCAUGGUUAUGAAUGCAUUCUGCCUCGGGACCUCAGAGAGGCAGUAAAGGCCCACCACAGACUGAUUGUGGGCAUGGUCCACGAAAAGAAGAUUGAUUUGGCAUACAAGGAGCUUCAGAAGAUGUUUGUUGGAUUGUGUGAGUGCCGGUUUCGAUCUGGCGAGGUGCCGUUAUCGAGUCUUUUGCAUGGCGUGUUUGGUGAUUUGGACCAUACCUUGGUGAAUUCGUACCAUAUCCUUUUACUUCAGACAUUGCUCCAGCGUGUUUCUGGGAACUUGCAGCUGAUUGCUGCGGGUGAAAACGGCUUCAGCAUCUCGAUCUUCCACACAAUUGCAUCGUCUUUGACGCGUACUGGGUCUAUUGUGAAGUGGAUCGAGAAGGCCCCUGGUCAGAUAUCGUUGAAGCACUAUGCUGGAUUGCGCAAGGUGGCGACGGGAUUCCUCAAAAUCAUAGACUUUUUGCGUCAGAAGACCCCGCUGGCCCAAUUGAGCGGGUAUAGAGAAGAAUGGGUGCUACUCCAGAUGAAGUUCUCCAUGUUGGCAGACCCAGAGGUCCAGAUUGAGGUGCCUCAAUCGGCACAGGGUGAGUUUAUUGAUGACCUCAGGACAUCAAUUGAGCCAGAACUGGUACCUACAGAACAAGCCCCCAACGACCCCUUACAGCAUCUAUAUUCGAGGGUAAUUGACAAACUCGGCUCACUCCGGCCAACCGCAAAUCGUGUGGAUGUACUCGACAACAUACUUCUUGCAUUCGACGGCAUUGAUAUGCCUUCCAAAGAGACCUUCAUAGACUGUGUGACUCGCUUCGCCAAAGAGCUCUCAACAAAUCACAAAUUUCAAGUUCUACUCGAGCGGGCAUUACCUUUUGCUUUGGUCCUAGCCAAAGACAAAUCCGAAAUGGUCUCCUCGUGCUUUCGUUUCGGCAAUAGUUAUCAAAACUGUGAAGCGCUCCUAUUGGGCCUCCAUCAUUUACCGCCUUCUGUGGAGAAAAGAAAGAAACAAGGAUUGAGAGAACUCACGCUAAACUGUCUCUUGAUGAAUAGGCAGCUUGAACAUUCUUUGGAUGCCACACUUGGCUACCUAAUUGACCAUGAGUUUCCAGAAGGCAGUGUGCUACAGGGCACUACGGGAAACCUUCCAGAAUGUGUGCUCAAGUCGCUUGCAUACCUCUCCAAGUACCGCUUGGACAGUCUUUCAGAAGCAAUCGCGAGCCUAGCAAUGAGUGAUGACUCCAGAGGACAAACACUCUUUCAGACACUUUUAUCGAUAGAUGAGACAAAUGUGGUAUCCGUUCAGGGCCUCUUUUCUGCAUUUCCCAUUGAAGAUAGCUCGACAACCCUUUUUUGCAUACUAAACGCUGAAAAAGUGACUGAAGUGUUCCUUUCGUUACCCAAGCCGGCCACCACUUUUGAUAGACUUCUAACAGCUGCGAUUCUCACCAAUCGACUCAAAACCAUAGCCGGUCCGGUGAAGCCAAUUCUCGCUAGCAUCGGUACCCAUGUCAAAGCCUGGCUUGAAAGUACGUCUUUUGAUGAUAUCGAGUUAGAAACUUUCACAACCCUCACACGCAGCCUAUUUGAUGGCGGCCACUACGCCUUUGCGCUGUAUCUCCUUCAAAUGCUGGACGAAGUCGACGUCAUAUCCCUUGAUAUGCGACUCUCUUUACAACUCCUUUCGAUAAAGUGCAGCUUACGUCUUGGAAAUUAUGAGGAGAUUCCAUCUAAAUUGAGCACUGCUGGCAGGUUGAUGAAACAGAUGGCUGAUUCCAAGAUGAUUGUCGAAAGUUUGUCACUUGUCGAGUGGAAAUUACAUCAGUUCGAGUAUUUCAUUUUCACCUACAACGCCAAAAAAGCCGGCGAGAAGUUUGAAGAGAUUACUAGAUUCCUCGCUUGCAAACCUGAAUUCAGUCUCAGCGCCAAUCAGUCGAUGCCGCUCACUCAAACCAUAUCUUGCCUUCUACUCAACGCACAUUUUCUUCACUUGACAGCCAAAUUCGAGUACAACACUGGUAGAUUUGCCCUGGCCUUGAAGAAUUUGAAGUUGGCUAUCAAGAUUGGUGUGUCUAUCUUGAAGAAGCUUUCUGGAGCAUGCGAUUUAAAAGACGAGACUGUCCGAUUCUUAUUGACUUGUUACAAGGAGGGCUUCGAGCUUGCCAAACAGGCCGGGUGUCUGAGUGAGGCGGUUAACAUGAUACUGGAAAUGGAUCAAAUUAAUCACUCGUUCAAAGAUUCCUUGAUAAAUGCCAAGGCUCACUUUGCUCUUGCUGACAUAUACCUUUUGACAGGGGAUUCGCUGACUUCUGCUUUACAAUACGAGGAGGGUCAACGCAUCUCAUCAGAAAAGGACAUGGCUUUAUUGAAGGCAACGGAGUUGAGCUCCGCCCUUUUAAGUUACGUGCUUCAUGGGAAGUGUGAAACCACCUUGAUCAAGUCUGAAUUGCUCGAAACUCUUCGACUUGUCGAUCAAAUGGAAGCCUUUUCAUCAAAGGAUGUGUUGAGCGACCUAAGAAGAUACGAGUAUCUUCUUUCUCAAAAAGAGAACAUUGUCUUGACGGAGAACAACACUGAUCAGUCGCCCCAAUCCAUACUUUUAAAGACGAUAGCAUCAGCCAGACAAGAGGUUCUGGACGUGAGGAGUGCAAUCAUGGAUCAAGGAAGUGCAAUCGUCAUUCCGUCUGGACUCACAUUCACCAAUGAACUAAACGAGAAAGAUCUCAACAUCGUCGACAAGCUUCUUGAUUGCAAAGAUACAUUGCUCAGAUUUCUCGAGAACGAUUACUCGCAGCAGCUUGGGGUUGAGGAGUUGAAAGACCUUCAAAACACUCUAACAAGAUGCAUCUUCACUCUUUCCCAGAUAACUGUGGUUAAAGCGGAAGGCGCAGAAAGUCUACUCAAGGAUGUGUUCUAUCUCCUGGAGCUACCAAGAGUUCUCCCUUACCAGUCACUCACACAAAUUCACAAGACUGAGCAGAAGAGUAACGAAAUCAUGCCGACUCUAUCGAAAACGAGCAUCAAGAAUGUUCAUGCCAAAGAGCUGUUUUUCGGCGAUCUCUCAAGGCUUCUUCCCAAGGACUAUGUUGUCAUUACAAUCGACUGUUGCACCCAAUCCGGAGACUUGAUAUUGAGCAAAUUGCAGAAGGGCCUGAGCAUCCCAUCGUUAUUGAGGCUCUCGCUGGAACGAGGUACCUCACUGCUGACGCCCUUCUGCUUAGUGAUGGAAGAGCUAGCGAAAAUUAUUGAAAAGAGUCAUAGAACCACCAACCUGGAAAUAACCCGCAACAUCAGAACGAAAGAUGAACGGAAGGAUUGGUGGAAAAGACGGUUUAUUCUUGAUGCGAAGUUGAAGAAUGUUUUGGACAAUGUUGAAAACAAUUGGUUAGGUGGAUUUAAAGGCUUUCUAGAACUCACCAAUUACUCGUCCACCGAGUUUCUUUUCUUCAAAUCCGAGCUCCAAAGAGUGUGGAAAAAGAGCUUAGCAGUGGAUGCAUUGGAAUUCAGCGACACUAUAACUGAGCUUUAUUUCAAUUUGACGCCCUCGGGAAAUAAGCCAUUGGAGAUCCAACAUUUGCAAGAUUUGAUAAAGUAUACUGCUUCAGAGCUUGGAGUUUCUGUCGAUGAAAGGAAGCUUGUCAACGAUAUUAGGAAAAUUCUUCCCACUAAGAGAAAAGUCCAACCUCAGCAUUUGGUACUUCUUCCAAGUCACACAUGCUCAGACUUUCCAUGGGAGAGUAUCGACUGCUUGAGAUCAAGACCUAUCUCUCGUGUCCCAAGCAUAACCUGCCUCUUAGAACUACUCAAGCGGUCUUCGGCAGACCUUAAAGACGGUCAUCUGAGCUACUACGUGUUGAACCCUGGUGGUGACCUCAAGAAAACAGAGCUUAGAUUCAAGACGAUGUUUGCAUCAAUGCCCCGAAGCAAUGGCAUAACAGGGCAUCCUCCAAAUGAAGAAGAGCUUUUCCGCAAUCUUUUCAAAACUGAUCUUUUUGUUUACGCCGGUCAUGGCGGAGGGGAGCAAUACAUGAGGAUGAAUCAACUCUUGAAGAAGAGUAUCGGUGAAAAUGUUAAUCUUCCACCAGCCAUAUUGAUGGGUUGUUCUUCUGGCGCGUCACAGAAGCAUGGUAUGCUAGAGCCUUCUAGUAAUAUCAUGGUUUGGCUUCUCUGCGGUUCGCCAAUGAUUCUCAGCAAUCUAUGGGACAUCACUGACAAGGACAUUGACGCCUUCAGCUCUGAUGUUUUAGAGAGAUGGGGUUUGAUUGGAAAUGUUCAGGAAAGAAGCGAUAUCGCUAGUGCCGUAGCUAAGGGCAGAGACACUUGUGUUCUCAAAUACUUGAAUGGGGCGGCACCCAUCGUCCAUGGACUUCCCAUUCGUCGUCAAUAA